CUAAGGAAACGUCUGGAAACGCGCUCCGGCUCCAGCCCCAGCCUCCCCCGCCCCUUCGGAGCCCUCUCUCUUGGUCUUGGGAUUCCUCCAGGGCUCCCUUUCUAGGGUUUCCAUUCUCUCCUCAAUCUCCUCACGUGGAUUUCUUCAGCGAUCCAUUGAUUCAUCCGAUGGGUCUCCCCUCCAUGGUGUUGGCUUGAUGCGGAACCCUAGCUGAACUUGUCUUCUGGGGAGUGAGGAAUUCACAUUCUUUGAUUUCUCUAAUUGGUAUAAGGAGUAAAAGCUCGGAAACGUAUUAAAUUACCAUUCAAGGUUUUGUUGUGCCAUGGAAACCUCAGAAUCAAGUCGGAGUCGCAGUAAACGUAGUCUUGAGGACAGUAGGGAUGUAAGGAAUGAUGAAGAUGAGGAUUGGGAAAAGAGGAAGCAUCGAUCUGCUAAGACAAGGAAGUAUGACAAUCCUGAGGAAGUAGAUGAUUAUGAUAAUGGAAGAAGAAAAAGUUCUGGAGAAAGGAAUGAUACCCGGAAGAAGUCAGGUGGCUCAAACCGUGUGGACAGUGCAGAUGAGGAUGAAUAUGAAGCCAGAAGGGAUUCUCGCUCCAAGAUACUGAGUAAGGAAACAGAAGAUAGGGGAGAGCGCAGAUCAGGUGACAGUUAUCGUGAUAGAGACCAAGAAGGUAGCCGCAGGGGCAGAGAUGAUGAAAUUGAGAGGAGCUCCUCAAGGAAAGAGAGAUUGAAAUCUAGUGAGAGCUCACAAAGUAAGGUUCGAAGCAGACCAGAGAGCUCUCAUGAUAUCGAUCAUGAGAAGAUUCAGGAUAGAGACUCAAAGUAUUCAGAUAGGAAGGAGAGUUCAAGAGACAAAAGGCCAUGGAUGACAGAAGGGCAGAUGGAGAAAGCAGUCGAAACCGGGGCAGAUCAGAAGUGCAAGAUGAAGACCAUAAACAAGAGCCUGUGGAGCCUAAUGCCAUUCAGCAUAGUGACAAAGCCACAUGGGGACAAAGGUGAGAAACAUAGACAGGACAGGGACGCUGCAUAUGGUAGUCGUGAUGAGGUUGAAACCUGUGAGAGGUCGUUCAAUAUGGAUGAAGAUGGACAUGCACGGAUGAGGGACCGAAGCGGGAGGGAUGUACAGCAUGAUAGAUCACACACUCCUGAGAGAAGUUCAAAGCAUCGAAGGGAGUCUGAUGAGCGGGAUCGAGGAUUUUCUGAGUCUGACAAUGAAAGAGGUGUAAGUGUAAAAAACAAAGAGUGGGAAGACGGUUAUAGAGAUGACAGAGCUUCCAAAGGAAAAGACAGUGGUUGGGAUGAUAAAAACAGGGAGCGUGAAGGUUCUAGAGAUUACUGGAGGAGAAGUCAGACAAGGCAUGAUUUAAAAGAUGGGGAGAAAGAUGUUGAUCAUCUGAGAGAUUGGGAUUCACAGAGGCGUGAGCAAGAUAGGACAGACAGGGAGAAGGUUCAUGGUCGACCUGGUUAUAGAAAAGAUGCUAGAAUGAGGUCUGAUGGUGUGCGAAGUGAGUACACUGAUUCUAUUGAAAUCAGACCCAAUAAAAAUCUUGACUUUGGAAAAGAGGAGUCUGUUUCCACAUUUCCUGGAAGGAGAAGUGAGGGGUUGUCCCAACAGGAUUUUGCUACUGGGCCUAGUGCUGAUGAAUGGGGCAAUCCUCCUGAGGACAAGGGUAAAAUGGCUUAUGGUUAUGGGGAUGAUUUGCAGGAAAGAUACCAUGAUGAUGGUUCAUCUAUGGAUCAAAACUCCCUAGCUGGCAAGGGGAGAGGGCAGAAAGGGGAUAUAAACUCUGGUCGUUCAGGGGCAGGUCAGACUUCUAGUGGUGGUCUCCAGCCUUCAUUUGGGAAUUUCCAGGGGUCAAGUUCUUUCAGUAGGACUCCUCAACAAGGGCAGAAAGGAGGCAGACCUGCUAGAGGGGGAAGAGGGAGGACUAAUGGGAGGGAUGCCCAACGUGUUGGAAUGCCACUGCCAUUGAUCGCACCUCCCCCUUUUAGUCAUCUUGGCCUGCCUCCAGGGGCAAUGCAGCCUAUUGGACCUAAUAUUCCUCACACACCAGGCCCACCAAUUGGCCCUGGUGUUUUCCUUCCUCCAUUUGGAGCACCACUUGUUUGGCCAAGUCCUCGAGGCAUAGAUAUGAAUAUGCUUCCUGUACCACCCAACCUUCCUCCAAUUCCCCCUCCUGGGCCUGGAGGACCUCGGUUUGUACCUAAUAUGGGUACUGCCCCAGCUCAUGGUAUGUACUUCAAUCAAGCUGGUGCAGGAAGAGGAGUCUCUGCCAACAUUUCAGAUUCUGGCUUCAAUGGUGCUGGACCGAUAGGUCGUGGACUACAGCAUGAUAAAACUCCCUCAAAUUGGGGGCAACACAGAACCGGUGGACCUUCUGGUAAAGCUCCUUCAAGGGGGGAGCAGAAUGACUACUCUCAAAAUUUUGUUGACACAGGGAUGAGACCCCAGAAUUUCAUUAGAGAACUUGAAAUCACCAGUGUUGUGGAGGACUAUCCCAAACUGAGGGAACUUAUUCAGAGGAAAGAUGAGAUUGUGAGUAAAUCUGCCUCCCCACCUAUGUACUUCAAAUGUGACCUAAAGGAGCAUGUACUCUCUCCUGAAUUUUUUGGUGCCAAGUUUGAUGUUAUUCUAGUGGAUCCCCCUUGGGAGGAAUAUGCUCAUCGUGCUCCUGGUGUCACUGACCACAUUGACUGCUGGACAUUUGAGGAGAUACAGAACCUAAAGAUUGAGGCAAUUGCUGAUACUCCAUCUUUUAUCUUCCUCUGGGUUGGUGAUGGUGCGGGCCUUGAACAGGGCCGACAAUGUUUAAAAAAGUGGGGAUUUCGGAGGUGCGAGGAUAUUUGUUGGGUGAAAACCAACAAGAAAAAUACAACUUCAGGUUUACGGCAUGAUUCUAACACAUUAUUUCAGCAUUCUAAGGAACACUGUUUGAUGGGCAUAAAAGGAACGGUUCGCCGAAGCACAGAUGGGCAUAUUAUUCAUGCUAAUAUAGAUACAGAUAUAAUUAUAGCAGAAGAGCCUACUGAUGGUUCAACAAAAAAACCUGAAGAUAUGUAUAGGAUCAUUGAACAUUUCUCACUGGGCCGAAGGCGGCUUGAGCUUUUCGGCGAGGACCAUAAUAUUCGUGCAGGCUGGCUUACUGUGGGAAAAGGAUUAUCAUCUUCAAAUUUCAAUUCAGAGUCUUACACAAGGAAUUUCUGCGACAAGGAUGGAAAGGUCUGGCAAGGAGGUGGUGGACGAAAUCCGCCACCUGAUGCACCUCAUCUAGUGCAAACCACAUCGGAGAUAGAAAGUCUACGGCCGCGUUCACCUCCGCCAAAGAACCAGCAGCAGCAGCCCAUUCCCCUCAUGUCAUCUACGAGUUCCAACAACCGAAGGUCGACAGGGAACUCGCCUCAGAACCCUACGGUUCCAUUGCUGUCUGGCCUGAAUCACGACCCCUCAGCCUCUGCGGAGCCGUUUGGCCCCAGUGCCGUGGGCUGCUCCACAGUUGGUCGGGUUGAGAGGAGCAGAGUUUGGCCAUGGCGGCGGUGAUGAUAGAAUUUUCGAUGGUUAUGGGUUUAAUGUCCCUUACGUUCAGCCCAUGGGAGAUCAUUUUGAGUAUGAGGCUCGCUGAGCAGUUUUAUUCGUUGUAACAGCAGAGGCCUUUUGGCUUGUUGCUGAAGAAAUUGUUGCGUUAUUAAAUUCAUUUUGAUUUAAUGUCAUCAUCCUUUUUAUUUUACCCAAGAGAAAGAAAAUGUUGUUCUUUUUA